CCUAUAUAAACACAUCCCAGUUGGUAUUCACCACCACAAAAACUCAAAGACUUUCUUCACAGUUCACACAAAACAUUACUUAAGCAUUCAAAAGCUGUUUCUUCAUUUAAUACAUCCUCCACAUCCUAAAGAAAUAUGGCAAUCAGCAUGGGGCGCAUUCUCCGUGGGAAGCAAGGAGGCCUCAGAAGGUCUUCCUCAAGAACAAACAGAGAAAGUGAGGUUCCUAAGGGUCACUUUGCAGUGUAUGUAGGAGAGGGCGAGAAGAAACGUUUUGUCCUUCCAAUAGCAUACUUGAAGGAUCAUUCAUUCCAAGACCUGCUUUGCCAAGCAGAGGAAGAAUUCGGAUUUGAUCAUCCAAUGGGUGGGCUUACGAUUCCUUGUCCUGAGGACACCUUCCUGGACAUCAUCUCUAGCAUGAGUAGUAGAUCCUGAUAGACCUCAGAUAUCUUAGUUCCUAGGCAUCAAAACAAUUUUGUAGAGAAGCUUAUUCUUGUACAAUGUUCUAUUCUUUUUCCUGGUCAGAUUGGGAAGUACAUAAAAGAAUUAAUUUCUUUCAUCAAUUGUUCUGAAUCUACUUAACCCAUGUUACUCAUUAUCCCGAAUGAUUAAAGUAAUAGGAAAGGA